AUGGAGUAUCUUGAUCUAUCCAACAACCAAUUCAAUGGUCAAAUAAAAGAAUUCCCCAUUGAAAACCAGUCUACCCUUUUUUGGCUAGAUUUGAGUGGUAAUAGGAUUGGAGGUCCUAUUCCUAACUUCUUCUUCCAACUUCCAAACUUGUUCUUUCUCUGGCUUUCUGACAACUUGUUCAAUGACACUUUUCAACUGAAUAAGAUUCGAACUCUUACAAUUCUUUCAAUGCUUAGUCUUUCUAACAACAACUUGUCAGUUGACACAACCAACGUGAGUUCAAGUUCGCAUGGAUAUCCCAAUUUACAGGUGUUACAAAUGUCAUUAUGCAAUUUGUACGAUUUCCCAGACCUUAGAAAUGCAUCCUAUUUGUCGAAUUUGGACCUCUCAAACAAUCGUUUGCGAGGGGAUAUUCCUAGUUGGAUUUGGGAAAUCAAAGAGAUAUAUUUGGAUCUUUCUUUUAAUCUUCUGACAGGUUUGAAAAAGCUUCCCAUCUCUCCAAAUUUUAGUGAUUCUAUUAUCUUGCUCGCGAACAAUCAACUAACUCCUACAAAUGAGGUGACAUUAACGGUUAAAGGGAUUGAGGUUUGGCCCGACUUCACGUCCGUUGAUAUGUCUUCCAAUCGUUUUGAAGUAGAAAUACAGGGCGCAAUUGGUAAUCUUAGCUCACUCUAUCUUCUCAAUUUAUCCCACAACUCUCUCAGUGAUGCAAUCCCGAGAUCAUUGGGUGCCUUGACAGAGCUUGGGUCGCUCGACCUCUCUGAAAACAUGCUCACCGGGACAAUACCUUGGGAGCUCACGAAACUAUCUUUUCUGUCAAUCUUGAAUGUAUCUUACAAUGAUCUGAAAGGGAUGAUCCCAACUGGUCGUCAGUUCCAAACGUUUUCGGCUGAUUUGUUUGAAGGAAACGCAGGGUUAUGUGGUUUCCCACUCAACAAAAGUUUCAGCAGCCCUCAUGAACCUGGCUCAACACCAUAUGAAUCGAAAGAUGAGGAGAUUGAGUGGGAAUAUGUGUUUGUUGCUUCUGUUUAUGUUGUGGGAAUAGGAAGCGUCGCAUGGACACUGUUAUUUUGCAGAAGGUUGAGAGAAAGAUACUUUUUAGAAGAUAGAAGAGGUUGCUGA